AUGUUGUCUAUCAAAUAUGACCACCUUCACUAUCAUACCCAUCUGGCUGAAUUACUUCCAUUUCAGUUCAUACUGACGGCGAUCUACCUGUGCCUCGGAGAUGUCAAGUCUGUACUGGGAGCUUAUUCGUUCUUCAAGGCUGGAGGGGAGUGCGUAGCAAUUGCAGGAAUAUUCAUCAUACGACGGAGACAUCCAGCAACAGUUAAUACUUACAAGGUCCACUGGCUGUUCCCCGUCAUCUACGUUGUCUUCUUCCUGGUGCUAUCUGUCACAGCCAUCACCUUCGACCCACGCCUGUACUUGCCCAUCUUCUGUAUCACUCUGCUGGGUGUCCCUCUCUACUUCCUGUCCAGGAGUCGCUGGUGGCAGAUGGGGUAUCUGGCCAGGGUCAAUGAAUGGAUAACACUUAUCUGCCAUCGCCUCCUACUGUGUGAACACGCCAGUCAAACUGUAGUAUGAGGGGAGCAUAUUCGUGUUUCAUGUAACAUGGUGAAUACAUUGCUGUCUCCAGGAGCUCGGCAUGGGGACAAAAGACCCUACAAUUACUCGUAGAUGUUGGCUUACUGGAUUUGUGGAGAUUUUGUCGCUAAAAAUGUUAGCGAUUGUUAAAUGUUAAGAUUUAUCUACUGGGAUUGACGAAAUCAAGGUAAUUCGGCCAAGAAGUUCAACAUAAUCUUUAACUAUAUCGACGAAAUGAUAUCGUUCAAUAAUGGUAACAGAGCCACUGAUUAAGCCUCCUGAACCAGAUAUAAAUGAGACCAAACCAGUGUUCAUUAUUUAGUUUAUGCCUAAAGAUUCAGAGAGAAAAUAUUUUCCACAAAAUGUGUGACAAAAAUAAUGACGUCAACUUUCCAAACAAAUAAUCAGUAUCCACUUUAAGUGGAACAAUAUUCCAGCAGCUCCAACCUUUGAUGUCUACAUUUCGAGAGCAUGUUCUUUCUGCAAAUAAUUUCGAAGAGCGUCACAAUUCUGACAAAAAUGUUUGGUCCAUAUCGGUAUAUAUGGCUUGUUUGGUUUCAAACCAGUGAAAUGUUGCUGAAAACUGGGCAAAGUCCAAUUCAUUCUCACAAUCACUUAAAAAUAGUAUUAUUGUAAAUAUUCCUCCUUGGCGCGCGGAUAGACGCACGCACG